AUGGGCGGCUUCCAGAGCAAGAAUCACUUUCCCGUGAAUGGCAAAACAGUGGUCAUUACUGGGGGCUCUCAGGGAAUGGGAAAAGCCGUUGGAAGGUUACUCGCAGAGAAGGGAGCCAAUGUGAUUAUUAUCGCCCGAAAUGCUGAGAAGCUCGAAGAGGCGCUCAAGUAUAUAUCUGAGCACGCUUUAAAACCCUCAUCCCAGCGCUUCCACUACAUCAGCGCCGAUUUGAUAGAUCCUGCCGAAGCGGCGCGCAUUCUUUCAGAAACGACGGCAUGGAACAACAACCAGCCUCCAGACAUUUUCUGGUGCUGCGCUGGCUCGUCUCGUCCUGGCCUCUUUAUUGACGUGCCAAUCGAAGUGCUGAAAGAGCAAAUGGAAAGCAAUUACUUCUCCUCCGCUUAUGUAGCCCACGCCGCAGUGCAGUCAUGGGUCAACCACUUUAGGUCCUCCCCUGAGCCCAACCAACCAGCAAAACAUAUCAUCUUCACAUCCUCCGUUCUCGCCUUCUUACCACUUGUUGGCUACGGUCCCUAUACGCCAACAAAAACCGCUCUUCGAGCACUCUCCGACACCCUAUCCCAGGAACUGUUGCUAUACGCACCUCUGGCCCCCAUUCGGACGCACACAGUGUUUCCGGGAACGAUCUUCACAGAAGGAUAUGAGAAGGAAAACCUCACCAAACCGGCAAUAACCAAGACAUUGGAAGAGGGUGAUGGUGGGCAAACCCCAGAGCAAGUAGCGGCAGCGAGCGUAAAAGGUUUGGAAAGGGGAGAGGAGUUGAUUACGACAAAUGGGGUAUUGGGUGUUGCAAUGAAGUCGGGGAUGCUGGGGGGAAGUAGACGGAAUGGCAGGGGAUUUGUUGAUACCGUGAUGGGAUGGUUGGUAAUGAUUGUCAUGGUGUUUGUGAGGAGGGAUAUGGAUGGGAAAGUCAAGACAUGGGGAAAAGAACGGCUGGGUAAGAGGUGA